AUGGUGAAGCUGGGGAGUAAUUUGAGUGACAAGAACAGCAAACAACCAUCCAAUGAAGAUGGUUUUCAGACAGUUCCUUUGAUCACACCCUUGGAAGUAAAUCAUCUGCAGUUCCCAGCUCCGGAAAAGGUGAUUGUGAAAACAAGAACAGAAUAUCAGCCUGACCAGAAGAACAAAGGAAAACUCAGGGUGCCAAAAAUUGCUGAAUUCACAGUCAGUUUCACUGAUGGCGUAACAGAAAGAUUAAAGGUCACUAUUCUCAUAAGUCUGGCUCUUGCGUUCCUUGCCUGCAUAGUCUUUCUUGUGGUAUACAAAGCCUUUACUUAUGAUCACAGUUGCCCAGAUGGAUUUGUUUAUAAGCAUAAGAGAUGUAUCCCAGCCUCCCUGGAUGCCUAUUACUCAGCACAGGAUUCCAAUUCCCGGGGCAGAUUCUAUACUGUCAUAAGCCAUUACAGCAUGGCUAAGCAAACCAGCUCACGGUCUGUAUCGCCCUGGCUUUCUUCGGGAUCGGUAAACCAUGAAGCCAAGGCUGCCAAGACAGAAGGCCAUUAA